CUACUCAGGAUGAUCACCCAACUGAAAAGCCAUCUUCCCAACCCGCUCAGUAUCAAGCACUAUUCACCCGCUUUGCUUCGUAUCAAACAUCACCAUGAGUGACAACAGCAGAAUAUCUAAGGCACAGAAUCUCGCUAGGAUCAGGGACAACCAACGCCGAUCACGCGCCCGCCGGAAGGAGUAUCUUCAUGAGCUCGAGGCAAAACUGCGCAGCUAUGAACAGAUAGGCAUCGAGGCCUCUUCGGAAAUCCAGUAUGCUGCCAGGAAAGUACUAGAAGAGAACCGAAAACUCAGGUCGCUUCUUCAUGGAAGAGGAGUCUCUGAAGCGGAGAUUGUCGCUGCACUUGAAUCGACGUCCGAUCGACACUACAAGCACACCUCUGCCGCCACCAGACUGCACGCUAUGCUUGAGCCGAGGGUCAACACCAACACGACUUCUUCGACCAGCUCGCCUAUACCUUCAUAUACCAGAGCCGAUUCGUUAUCUCGGCAUGUCUCAUCAGUGCCGCAUGCUACUGUUCCAUCUGCACGGCCGACAACACUCAGUUGCAACGAUUCGCCCAGUCCACGAUCCGUGGUAUCAAGUAUGGGCACACCACCACCACCAGCCUCAUAUCCAGCGAUGCAUUAUACUACUCCUACGACUCCAUCAACUGUUCAGAUCAAGUCAGAGCAUGUUCAGUACGAUUACCCUUACGAGCAGACAUAUAGUAGCGCUUGGGCCUACUCGAACGAUUGCAACUACACCGCGGAAUCAGUCUCAUAUUAUAACAACACCUCGUCUUGUGUUGACGCUGCCAACAUCAUCCGCACAAUGCGAUCUGGUGUUGGUCCCGAGCUGGAAGUCGACCUAGGAUGCCACACAUCUGAUCGUCAUUGCUAUGUCGACAACGCUACGGUAUUCAACAUGAUGGACCGAUAUUCUCAACAUCAUGCGACUAUAUGAGACAAGACAGUGGUUGGUCUGAGGGUACAAGUGAGAGACGCUCCGACAGUCAACUACCUGGCCUACAGAGAGCGGAGCUAUCGGAGACCAGUG